AUGGCCAUUGAUUAUGAGCAUACUUUGUUGGACUACAAAAUGCUGUCGAACUGCAAUAGGCUGGAAAAGAGGGACAGAGUGCCCCCAACUCAAAGAAAAUCAAAGAACAAACGGGAGAUUAAGGUUCGAGAUCGGCAACUGGGCUUCGCCGAAUUGCAUCCGUCCUGCUCGAGUUUCAUUCAAUUGAGCCCCGAAUCAAUUUUUGAGGCAAAUUAUAAUAAUAAUACGAACACGAAUAAAAACUCCAACGUGAGUCAAAAUGGAGACUACAGAAAUUCAGAAAACAAACCAGGAAAAAUAGAAACACCUUUCAUGUGUUCUUCCUCCAGCUCCCACUGCCUCUCCUUACUUCUACCACCACAUGUCAGUGGUCUUCGGCAGAGAGGAGAAGCCUUGGAUACCAAAAUCGAAUGCCCCAAGGUUGUACCUACAGUAUGA